AAUGGAGCAUGUCUAAAGACUUCUCUCCUUUGGCUGGAGAAAUCGUCAUGGAUAACCUGCAGACCCUGAGAUGCACGAUCACAGGACUUAUGACGGGCCAACAGUAUUUUGUUCAAGUCUCAGCUUAUAACAUGAAAGGAUGGGGACCUGCUCAGACCACGACACCGGCAUGUGCCUCUCCUUCUAACUGGAAAGACUAUGACGACAGAGAGCCCAGACACAAGGGACAGAGUGAAGUUUUGGAAGGUCUGCUGCAGCAGGUCCGAGCCCUUCAUCAGCAUUACAGUUGCCGGGAAAGUUCAAAAUUACAAACCACAGGCCGAAAGCAGUCAGUCUCAAGGAGCCUGAAACACCUAUUCCAUUCCUCAAACAAGUUUGUGAAGACGUUAAAACGGGGACUCUACAUAGCUGUCAUAUUUUAUUACAAAGACAAUAUCUUAGUCACCAAUGAAGAUCAAAUACCGAUUGUUGAAAUAGAUGACUCUCACACCAGCUCCAUUACACAAGAUUUUCUGUGGUUCACAAAGCUGUCUUGUAUGUGGGAAGAUAUAAGGUGGUUGAGGCAAAGCGUACCUACCUCCAUGUCUUCAUCCACAGUGCUGCAAACUCGACAGAAGAUGCUCGCAGCAGCAGCCCAGCUACAGAAUUUACUUGGAACACACAACUUGGGAAGAGUUUACUAUGAGCCCAUUAAAGAUCGACAUGGAAAUAUCCUCAUAGUCACCAUCAGGGAAGUGGAGAUGCUUUAUUCAUUUUUUAAUGGCAAAUGGAUGCAGAUCUCAAAGCUGCAAAGCCAGAGGAAGUCUCUAUCGACACCUGAGGAGCCAACAGCCUUAGAUAUUUUACUGAUAACCAUCCAGGAUAUUCUCUCCUAUCACAAGAGGAGUCAUCAGCGACUCUCUCCUGGAUUAUAUCUGGGUUACCUAAAGCUAUGUAGCUCUGUGGAUCAAAUCAAAGUCCUCGUUACCCAAAAGUUGCCCAAUAUUCUCUGCCAUGUGAAGAUCCGUGAAAACAAUAACAUUUCCAGAGAGGAGUGGGAAUGGAUCCAAAAGCUUUCUGGCUCUGAAUCUAUGGAAAGUGUGGAUCAUACGUCUGACUGCCCCAUGCAAUUGUUCUUCUACGAGCUCCAGAUGGCAGUGAAAGCUCUCCUUCAGCAGGUCAAUAUACCUCUACACCAGGCAAGGAACUUCCGCCUCUACACACAGGAGGUGUUGGAAAUGGGUCACAAUGUGUCCUUUCUUCUCCUGCUCCCUGCCUCAGACGACGUCUGUACAGCCCCAGGACAGAAUAAUCCUUACACCCCACACUCAGGGUUUCUUAACCUCCCUCUUCAGAUGUUUGAACUUGUUCAUUUUUGUAGCUACAGGGAGAAAUUUAUUAGUCUGUAUUGCCGCCUUUCUGCUGUCAUAGAGCUGGAUUCUCUGAAUACCCAACAGUCCCUGAGGGAAGCGAUCUCAGACAGCGAGGUUGCAGCUGCCAAACAAAGACACCAGCAAGUUUUAGAUUUCAUUCAGCAAAUAGAUGAAGUCUGGCGCGAAAUGAGAUGGAUCAUGGAUGCUCUACAGUAUGCAAGAUAUAAACAACCUGUUUCUGGCUUGCCCAUCACUAAGCUGAUAGACCCCUCAGAUGAGCAGAACCUCAAGAAGAUCAAUUCUACAUCAUCACAUAUAGACUGUCUUCCAUCACCAUCCCCAUCCCCAGAGAUGCACAGAAGAAAGGCAGUGAGUGAUUCACAGCCCUGCUCUGAUGAAGAAGCCUGCUCGGAAGUCUUCCUCCCCACUGACAGCGACUAUGACUCCAGUGACGCCCUGAGUCCCCGAGACCUGGACCUAGUAUACCUGUCAUCGCACGACAUUGCGCAGCAGGCCUUAAGCGGCCUAAGCGGCAGCGCCCCCGACGUCCUCCAGGUGCACGACAUGAAGAGCCCUGCGGGGCAGAGCCAGGAUCCCCAGGGCCUGGUCCAGGGCCCAGAUCCCGACCAUGCGUGUGCCGACUUCCUCCACAGCCUGACUCUCACGAGCUUUGCUCCGAAGAACCACGCCAAGAUGGCGCCAGGCGCGCGGCCGCCGCUGGGCUUCCUGGGAAAGCGGAAGCCAGGCAAGCGCCAGCACUACGGGGGCUUCAGCCGCCACCAUCGCUGGCUGCGCAUGCACAGCGAGACGCAGUCACUGUCGCUCUCUGAGGGCAUUUACACCCAGCACCUGUCCGGGGCCUGCGGAUUGGCCCAGGAAGCAGGGGAGGCCGAGCAGCCGGGACCUGCACUCCAUGGGCCCCGAGGCCUGGCCCUGGCCCAUGCCGCCAGCCUCCCUGAGGAGCAGAAGAGCAGCAGUCAUGACGCCAGGCCUUCAGUCCACCGCAUCUACGUGGAGCCCUACCCCGCGGCCCUGGUGGCCCAGGACACGAAGCCGUGGGCCGGCUUGAGCCCACCCCCUGGAGGCCGCUCUGGCCUGCCCAGCCCCACAAGCCCAGAGAUGAGCCGGGAGGGCCCCAGCACCUCCCCGGUGUCAGAAAUACUCAGCAGCAUGCUUUAG